CUGAUGAGAGAGAAAAGAGACUCUACAGCAUAAGACAGCAGGUAUUGCAGAGUACAGCAAGAGCCCUCGGCACAUGCAGACAUGCUCCUUCAUCUCCCUUUCCCUCUCUCCCCCCUUUCCUUUUUGCAGGGCUGCAGGAGUUGCCUGGGAUGUGGAUAGUGCCUGGAUCUUGGCUGGCAUAGAUUGAAAACCCAACUCCUUGCUGCCUGAAUUACGUUGCAGCGAAGAGAUGCUGGAAGCCCCCAGACUUGGAGAAACGCACUGCUGAGAGCAGCAGUGCUUCUGCUUUCUGGUGUGGGAAAGCAAGUGGCUGCUGUGUAAGUAACCCAGAGGCUUCCUAGAGCGCUCCGCUUGAUGUGAAUAGUUUGCCAGGCAUCAUGCUCCCUCGACCUGUGCUCUUUCCUUCCCUGUAACCCAGAGGGGAUUUUUGUGCCAGCCAAUUUAUGCUAAACCACAGGAAAAAGCUACCGCUCGAGCUGGUGUUGUCAGACUGAGAAGACUGUUUCUCGUUCCCCUCUCUUUUUUGGUUAAAGGAACAGUGUGUUUUGCCUGGCAGACACUUUUUUUAUGGCCGUGUGCUCUCUACUGAAUUAAAAAAAAAAUAGUCGCCUUUUAUAAGGAGGAACCGGACAUCCCAUUCCUGCUGGGGUACUUGAUGUCUGAAAAUAAAUCGGUGACAUGUCAGCUCCUUGCCACCGCAGCAGAAGAACUGCCCUUGUCACGCUGUGAAGGACUGCAAUGAAAUCCAAGAGUGGGUGAGCAGAGGCAGCCAGCAUGGGAAAUAACUCCAUGAUGGGUGAUGUGAAUGUCACGUGCAAUGGGACAAGCAGCAGCUGUUACACGGACAAUGGCACCGGGUCCAACUUCACCUUCCACGAACAGUCCCCUGACUUCUACGUGAUCCUCCCGGUGAUUUACUCUGUGAUCUGUGCGGUUGGGCUCACCGGCAACACUGCCGUCAUCUAUGUGAUCCUCAAAGCGCCUAAGAUGAAGACGGUGACCAACAUGUUCAUCCUGAACUUAGCGAUAGCGGAUGACUUGUUCACACUGGUGCUUCCCAUUAACAUUGCAGAGCACCUCCUGCACUAUUGGCCCUUUGGAGAAGUCCUCUGCAAGCUCAUCCUGUCCAUAGACCACUACAACAUCUUCUCUAGCAUCUAUUUCCUAACAGUGAUGAGCAUCGAUAGGUACCUUGUGGUCCUGGCCACAGUUCGAUCCAAGAGGAUGCCCCAUCGUACCUACCGAGCCGCCAGAAUCGUCAGCCUGUGCAUCUGGGUUCUGGUCACGGUCAUCGUUCUCCCGUUCGUCGUCUUUGCCAAUGUCUACAUCGAUGAUUUGAAGAUCAAGAGCUGCGGUCUCAAUUUCCCCACGCCGGAAAGGUUUUGGUUCAAGGCCAGCCGGAUCUACACCCUUCUCCUUGGCUUUGCCAUCCCAGUCUCCACCAUCUGCAUUCUCUACACCAUGAUGCUGUAUAAACUGAGGAACAUGCACUUGAACUCGAAUGCCAAAGCCCUGGACAAAGCCAAGAAGAAGGUCACUAUUAUGGUCUUCAUUGUCCUGGCGGUAUGUCUCUUCUGCUGGACCCCCUUCCACUUGGCCACCAUUGUGGCUCUGACCACUGACUUACCACAGACCCCCCUCGUGAUUGGCAUCUCCUACUUCAUCACCAGCCUCAGCUAUGCCAACUCCUGCUUGAAUCCUUUCCUGUAUGCUUUCCUGGAUGACAGUUUUCGGAAAAGCUUCAGAAAGAUGUUGGACUGCAGAGCUGCCUAAAAGACAGACCAGAUCCUCUCCUUUUGUGGCUUCACAUGAGGCAACUCUGCAAACUUUCCCCAUGUGUAGCUAAGAAGUGCCCGAGUUUUAUGCCUUCUUUAUAAUUUAUGCACCAACAAGUGUUCAUUUCACACGGAUCACCUGCGUUGUUUGUAAGCUUUCUGGCAAUCCUUGUGUUUUCCUGGUAUGAAUCUCCGAGUCUCUUGAAGUUGUGUGUGCGCAGGCAUGUGUUUUAAUCGAGCCCUGAAAUAUUAAAGACAGACAACUCUCUUGCUUAAAAUAUACUCUUGCCAUAUCAUAGUCUUAUAUUGCCACCUGCUGUAUAAUCCCAGAAGAGCUGGCUCUUUUAAAGUGUAAGGCUAAAGAGCAGUCUUUAAAAAUGGAUGUGACCCUCAGUUACUAAAGUACAUGUUGUUUUCAGAAUUAUUGUAGGCCUACCAGAUACGUUUGUGCAUUGAGAAAGUGGAGGUAGGAGAUGGGAUAAAAUGGUGCAUUUAGAGAUUUAAAAAAAACCCUUGGCCUUGUAUAGCUGUGUCUCUGGAAAAGGUGGGUCUAUUUUUGCCCAUGAGUUCUUCUUUCCCAGAAAGCUAGCCUGAUUCAAAUUUAAGCCAAAAGCAAAAUGUGCAUCUUCAAAGUCCAUUUGAACACUACAAUAUGCAAAUACCGCGGGCACCUACGGAAACCAUUCCUUUUUGUCAUUGUUUUUAAAUGUUUAAUGUGCAUCUAUUUAAAAGUGUUUGAAGAAAUAAAACCACGAUGAAAACUG